AUGGCUCGAGCAAUUCCUUACAACGCUUCUCCUCAGAUAGAAGCAGAUCGACGGCUCUUACAAUUCAACAACUAUGAAGAGUAUCUGGAUUCAUUAAACACCAACCAAGACGACUGUUAUCUGGGCAGCAUAGAAGUUCGCCGAAUCAUAGCGGAACUGGGUUAUAGGAGUUCAGGUGAGACACUUAGCAGAGAGCAGUUUGAGAAGAGGCUAGCCGCCGUCCUGUUGUACUUGUAUCCUCCCUAUAAACCCUACGAGUUGUCUAGUGAAGGUAUCAAAGAAGGCGAUCCACUUCAGUUGGAAUUAGCUCUAAGGGAAAGAUCGAAUAGAGUGGGGAUACUGUCGACGAUUGUGUUCCUAAGGCAUUACAAUAAAAACGGUUUCGAAAUCUCAGGGUAUAUCGAUUAUAGCGAAAAAUUGCGCAAGGAAGACUGCAAACCCUUUUUCAAAGGCACUAAGAAAAUUAUACCAAAACAGACAGAUCUAGGGUUCUACCAUUGGAGAGCUGGAAAGGUUGUUUCUAACGAUUCUCUCAAUUACAAAGUAUCAAUGCAUCCAACCAAAGGCCUCAUUUUCCAAAAUAGGUUCGAUAGAAAGGUUAUAAAUCCUGCACCAGAUGCUAAUCCUGGUGCCAACACGACAAGAAAAAGGAUUUAUACGAAUUUGUAUGAACUGGCCAUACUUUUCGAUCAUGUAGUGAGGCAAAGAAUUUAA